CAUCACUUCACUUCCAUCAUCGUCGACAUGGCAGACCACGACGAUCUCUACGAUGACAUUUACGGAGAUACGGGGGCAGAUGGAGAGCACAAGGAUGCGGGAGAUGCUCAAGAGGGAGACGACUUUGGGCUCAACGACACGCCCGCCACUCCCCAAACCAAGUCCCAGCCUGCUCCCACUGCUCCCGCCCCCGCCGCCGCUGGAGGCAGCUUCAUUCCACCUGCCAAGUCCUCCUUCAUCCCUGCGGCCUCUUCGAGCUCGGCGUCGCAGCAGCAGCCCGUAGCGCAGCCCAUUCAACAGGCCCAGCCGCCUCAGCAGCAGCAGCAGCAGCAGCAGCAGCAGCAUGCACUCCCCCCUCCCCUUGGCCUGCAGGCGCAGAGGGCAUCCAACCCUGUCCCAUCCGCCAGCACUCUGCCUCCUGGAUCACUCACGGGUCCCAACACCUCAGAGGAUGGAUGGUCUCAAACAAUACUUCUCUCAGUUCGGUAAAGUCAUCGACUGCAACAUCAUGCGCGACCCCAACACGGGUCAGUCCCGCGGCUUUGGCUUCCUGCGUUUCGAAGACUCUAAGGCAGUCAACAUGGUAAUGGU